AUGCUCACAAGGGUCCCUGUCCUCAUUCUGGCAUUCUUCGUCGUGUUGGCACUGUGCCAAGAGCCCGAGAAGCCCGAGAAACGGCCGGCUCUUCUGUCGCGUUACGGGCGAGCCGUCCUCCCGCGUUACGGAAAACGGUCGGCCGGCGCAAUGAUGGAAGCGAAUCCGUCUGCAGCUUCAGGUAUUCAGACGGCUUCAUCGAGAAGUGAACUAAACUGAUAUUCAGAAGGAAACGACGAAGUGGUUUGUCAGUUCGUCGACGGAAAAUACGUGUGUCUCCCGGUCGACGCCGUCCGAUUCCGUCCUUUCUUCGUGUGA